AUGCAUAUCAUGUUUUUGAAAUCAUAUGCUGCUAGUAUCAUGUACUCAUUGCUAAAAUAUACCGAACAACAAUACCAUAGUGCCGAUAUGCGUAUGAAACGUGCAGUAGCAAACAAACGCUUCUAUGAUUUUGGUUCACGAUCAAUUCAUACUAAUGAUGAUAGUUUACGAGAUUCACCUGAUGAAUAUGAUCGUAUUCAACGAUUCUAUGAUUUUGGUACACGAAAACGUUUCUAUGAUUUUGGUUCAAAGAAACGUUCUGACGAAUAA